AUGUCAUCUCUAGGAGGGUGUAGUGGUGGUGGUGGUGGGAUCUUAGGGCCGGCACUUCGCGAGCUGGCGGCUCAGCACUCCAUUGUCCGGAUCCUCCCAUUGGAUGUGGAGAAUAGUGCUUCCAUCCAAGAGACCUUUGUCUCUGUCGAGGACCAGCUGCAGGGCUUGGGGCUGAAUCUACUCAUCAACAAUGCAGGAAGGAUCAUUCCCCACUCAUUCCUGUCUGAGUCAGAAGAAUCCAUGCACCAGCUGUACCAGACUCAUGUUGCUGGUAUAUUAAAGAUGAGCCAGAUGUUCCUGCCCUUGUUGAAGAAGGCUGCUCAAAUGGGCCCUCAGGAUAGUCUCAGUUGUAACAGAGCUGCUAUCAUCAACAUUUCUUCUGCUGUAGGCUCCAUCACAGAAAUUUAUGGUUGGCAUUUUGGUCAUGUUUUGUCAUAUUGCUGUAGUAAGGCUGCCUUGAACAUGCUCACCCGGUGCCAGGGUUUAUUCCUUAAAGAAGAAGGCAUCCUUUGUGCUGCUAUUCAUCCUGGCUGGGUUCAAACAGAUAUGGGCAAUAGUGGAUCAUUGAAGGCUUCUUUGAAGAAAGAAGAAUCUGUGCAAGGAAUGCUGAAGGUCCUUUCUUCACUUUCAGGGAAGAAUUCAGGAUAUUUCUUUGAUUGGGAAGGAAAGGAAUUGUGUUGGUGAAGUUACAUCCAGCUGGGAGGUGGUGAUGGAGAUCUGACUGCAGUUAUCCCUCCUUCACAUCCAUCAGCAGCCCAGGAUCUACUUGUUCAUCUUGGUUGUCCUCUUUCCUCAGUUCCUGUUUUCAAUAAACUCAUUUAAUUGCUUCCCUAAA